AUGGCCAAUGACACCGCCGUUCCCUCCGCAUCCUCCGCGACCCCAACAGCGGCAGCAUACAACACCUGGACUCCUCCCAAUCCCUCGCUCUCCCAAUCUCAAUUACAACCCCAGUCGCAAUCGCAAUCGCAAUCGCAGCCGAUUCCCAUUACGAAUAAGACAACAUCGACAGACGCGCUCCUGUACCCUUCGGGCUCGAAAUCCCUCAGCGGAAUCUCCCUGCGCGCCUUUCUCCUAGGCACAACCCUCGGCCUCUCCAGCGCGCUCACCAUCUCCCUCCUGAACCUCACCAUUUCCGACAGCCAGCCUCACUACCUCUGGCGUCUCCCCUUCUUCCUCGCCAGUCUCUCGCUCUUCCAUUUCCUGGAGUACUACAUAACUGCCGCGCACAACACGCGCUACGCCGAUAUCUCCGCUUUCCUGCUUUCCUCGAACGGGUGGGCGUAUAAUGUUGCGCACUCGUCGGCCGCGCUUGAAUGCUUACUGGGUUAUGUCUUCUUCCCGCAUGAUUCGUACUUUAAGUUUACUGCUUCCGUGGGUGGGGUGAAAGUCCAGGCUGUUCUGGGUCUGUUCCUUAUGAUAUUAGGUCAGACGGUGAGGACGCUGGCGAUGGCGCAGGCGGGGAGUAACUUUAAUCAUACGGUGCAGGUUGAGCGGAAGGAGGGACAUACGCUUGUGCAGCAUGGGGUUUACAGUGUGCUACGACAUCCGAGUUACUUUGGGUUCUUUUGGUGGGGCCUUGGGACCCAGUUGGUGCUCGGUAAUGUAGUUUGUUUUGUGGGAUACGCCGUUGUGCUGUGGAAGUUCUUCAAUAACCGGAUUCAGAGUGAGUUCUCUCCUUUCUUUUACCGUCGUUUGAUGGCACUGAUGGUGUUAUUAGGGGAGGAGCGAUUCUUGAUUGCGUUCUUUGGGAAUGAGUAUGUGGAAUACAAGAAGAGGACCAUCAUUGGGAUCCCAGGAAUUGCGUAA